AUGACACUAUGCGGAUGGCCGACCGAAUGCACCGAACUCAGUUGCUGCGAGUCCUACAUCUUUAGGCUCUACCUCUUGAUAUUCACGUGAGAAUUCUCGGAACCUUUUUAGGAAUUUCAAUUUCAAUUCAAAUUUCAGUUUUGCAAUCGUGAUAGUUGCGGUGAUCGUGGCGGCGCUGUGGAUGCUCUUCGAGUUCCGACCCAACUACAGGUACCCGAUUACUUGAUUUACCUUCCAGAAGUUUGUUCCAGAAACCGUCUCCGCCGUCAGGACACUGAGGAGCAGCAGCGAAUCGAUCAGCGAUCAUUCGAGGAGACAAAGUACUUGCGCAGAUACUCAGAGCUCAAGUAAGUUACUGUCGGGCAAAAGGAUUACGGUAAGCUUCUACAGUACUGAACAGACCAUGACCUUACUUGUCUCUGAAUUGUAGCGAGUUAGAAGGAGCAUCCCAAUGGUAGGCCCGUUCCUUUCCAGGUUUGUCCCCUCAACUGUCAUGUCCCUUAGCCGCACUCAUUCUCUGCAUAAUCAUGUCAACUUCUACCGUAAUCUUUCCUUUCUCUCUUUCCGGUUCCUCGUCGCUUUCCUUGUGGUCGUGGUCCUUCAGAGUUUAGACCCUAGCCGCCCUGUUUUAAUAUCAAACUUUUCAGCCCUCUUCAAGCCAGACGCCAUUCAAUCGACAACUGA